AUGUACGACAGAAAAGAAAACACUGCAUAUUACUUGCUUAAUGGGAAUAAAGAGAUCCGCGUCUGUAAAACUUUUCUGAUCAACACUCUGGGUAUCACACAACGGAUAAUACGGACUGUUAUCGACGGCAAAGCACGGAAUGAUGGCUUUACGCCACCUGAUCAACGAGGAAAACACGGAAAGCAAUGCAAAUUGCAACCUGAAGUUAUACAAGCAGUAAAGGACCAUAUCGAAUCAAUUCCAAAGGUUGAAAGUCAUUAUCUCAGGGCUAAUAUUAGCAGACAAUUCAUUGAUGGGGUUUGA